UUGAUACUUUCAGAAAGAAUGCAUUCCCUGUAAAAAAAAAAAAAAAAAAAAAAAUAGAGAGGGAAGGGAGAGGAAAGAGAGGGACGGAGAGAGAGCGAGACAGAGCGAACUACGCAAUCUGACCGAGCAGGUCACACGCCUCCUCCUCCUCCUCCUCUCUGCUCCUGCUACCCAGGUGACCCGAGGAAAAACUGAGCGCUGAGGAACCCCGGUGCAGAGGAGCCUCACUUGCAGAAUUCCAGCGUCCUUGCCCCUCCUCUUACAGUUCGGCCCCCGUUUAUCCGGCCGUACCAAGUUUUUGGAUUGUUUUUUUCUUUUUCUUUUUGCCACACUAUCUUUCAAAGAUUUUCCCCGCCCCCCAACCCUCUCAUUUGCUCACCUUUCCUUCCCAGUCUUCCCAUUCUCCCAUUGAAACCAACCAUUAAACGACUCUUCAGCUCUCGGACAGCAGGAGUCCGCGGACCUCCCAGGCAGACCGCCCUCCCUCUUCGCGCGCGGGUUCCGGGCCCGGCGAGAGGGCGCGAGCGCAGCCGAGGACAUGGAGGUGACCGCGGACCAGCCACGCUGGGUGAGCCACCACCACCCCGCGGUCCUCAACGGACAGCACCCGGACACGCACCAUCCUGGCCUCGGCCACUCCUACAUGGAUCCAGCGCAGUACCCCCUGCCCGAGGAGGUGGAUGUACUUUUUAACAUCGACGGUCAAGGGAACCACGUCCCGUCCUACUACGGAAACUCCGUCAGGGCCACCGUGCAGAGGUACCCUCCGACCCACCACGGGAGCCAGGUGUGCCGCCCACCUCUGCUGCACGGAUCCCUGCCAUGGCUGGACGGCGGCAAAGCCCUAGGCAGCCACCACACGGCUUCACCCUGGAACCUCAGCCCCUUCUCCAAGACGUCCAUCCACCACGGCUCCCCUGGGCCGCUCUCCGUCUACCCGCCGGCCUCGUCCUCUUCCCUGGCGGCGGGUCACUCCAGCCCGCACCUUUUCACCUUUCCGCCUACUCCGCCGAAGGAUGUCUCCCCGGACCCGUCCCUCUCCACCCCUGGCUCAGCUGGCUCGGCCCGGCAGGACGAGAAAGAGUGCCUCAAGUAUCAGGUGCCGCUGCCCGACAGCAUGAAACUGGAGGCGUCGCACUCCCGCGGCAGCAUGACCACCCUGGGAGGGGCCUCCUCGUCGGCCCACCACCCGAUCACCACCUACCCGCCCUACGUGCCCGAGUACAGCUCCGGACUCUUCCCCCCAAGCAGCCUGCUGGGGGGCUCCCCCACUGGCUUCGGAUGUAAGUCGAGGCCCAAGGCGAGAUCCAGCACAGAAGGCAGGGAGUGUGUGAAUUGUGGGGCAACCUCCACCCCACUGUGGCGACGAGAUGGCACCGGUCACUACCUUUGCAACGCCUGUGGGCUCUACCACAAAAUGAAUGGACAGAACCGGCCCCUUAUCAAGCCCAAACGAAGGCUGUCUGCAGCAAGGAGAGCAGGGACAUCCUGUGCAAACUGUCAGACCACCACGACCACCCUCUGGAGGAGAAAUGCCAAUGGAGACCCUGUCUGCAAUGCCUGUGGACUCUACUACAAGCUGCACAAUAUUAACAGACCCCUGACUAUGAAGAAGGAAGGCAUCCAGACCAGAAAUCGAAAAAUGUCUAGCAAAUCCAAAAAGUGCAAAAAGGUGCAUGACACACUGGAGGACUUCCCCAAGACCAGCUCCUUCAACCCGGCUGCCCUCUCCAGACACAUGUCCUCCCUGAGCCACAUCUCCCCUUUCAGCCACUCCAGCCACAUGCUGACCACGCCCACGCCGAUGCACCCGCCUUCCGGUCUCUCCUUCGGACCUCACCAUCCUUCCAGUAUGGUCACCGCCAUGGGUUAGAGCCCUGCUUGAUGUGCACAGGUCUCCAAGCGAGAGAGAGUCCCCCCGACCCCCUUCUACUUGCGUUUUUGCAGGAGCAGUAUCAUGAAGCCUAAAAGCGAUGGAUAUAUAUGUUUUUGAAGGCAGAAAGCAAAAUGAUGUUUGCCACUUUUGCAAAGGAGCUCACUGUGGUGUCUGUGUUCCAACCACUGAAUCUGGAUCCCAUUUGUGAAUAAGCCAUUCAGACUCAUAUUCCCUAUUUAACAGGGUCUCUAGUGCUGUGAAAAAUUGCUGAACAUUGCAUAUAACUUAUAUUGUAAGAAAUACUGUACAUUUGAGGAAGACUUUAUUGCACCUGGGUAGCUGUAUGAAAGGCAUGAAGGACGCCAAGAUUUUUAAGGAGUAUGGGGAAAAUAAAAGUAUGGAAAUUCAGAAGAAACUAGGUCCGAUAUUCAAAUGGACAAACUGCCAGUUUUGUUUCCUUUCACUGGCCACAGUUGUUUGAUGCAUUAAAAGAAAAAGAAAAAAAAAAAAGAAAAUUAAAAAAAAAAAGAAAAAUAUAUAUAAAAAAAAAAAGAAAAAAAAGUUGUAGGCAAAUCAUUUGUUCAAAGCUGUGGGCCUCUGCAAAGGAAAUACCAGUUCUGGGCAAUUGCUGUUAAAGUCACAAAUUGCCAUCGAGGGUUUCAGAGUGUCAUUUCUAGGCCUACAUGCUUUGUGAACAAGUCUCUGUAAUUGUUGUUUGUAUGUAUAAUUCAAAGCACCAAAAUAAGAAAAGAUGUAGAUUUAUUUCAUCAUAUUAUACAGACUGAAUUGUUGUAUAAAUUUAUUUACUGCUAGUGUUAAGAACUACUUUUUUUUUUUUUUCCUUUUUCGGUUUUAAAUAUUUUUCUUCUCUCUCAAUUUUUGGUUGAAUAAACUAGAUUACAUUCAGUUGACCUAAGGUGGUUGUGCUCUGGAGGGUUUCUUUUUUCCUUUUUGUUUUUUGGAUGAUAUUUAUUAAAUAGCUUCUAAGGGUACAGUAGUAUCUGUCUCCUCACUCAUUCCUCCUGCGGCCUGAGCUACGAGGGUGGCAGUGUAUGAGCUACCCGCUUGCAUGUCAGCCUCCCGAACCGGACAGGCCACAUCCUGAGAGCCAGCCUGGCUGACUGUCAUGUCCCGUGUUAGUGAUCACUGUCUUUAAACAGUCUGUUAAUAAUGCUAUAAAAAUAAUAAUAAAGUUAAAAUAUUUAAAAAAAUCAAAAUGACAUCGUAUCAAAGUGGUGGCCAAGCUCUUAGAGAAACUGGUAGCUCUUGCUAAUUUAAGAAUAAGGAGUCUUUAAAAAAAAAAAAAAAACCAAACCCAGACAUGUUCAAUUGUUCACUGGGAGACAAUGCUGACCCCAGAUGGGCAACUCCUAUUCCUUUGGGAAGCUGGGAGUAUUUGGGAUUUUGCUGGAGCCCAGAUGAAUUUGUUCUGCGGCUGGAACAACUUCUGGGGUCCCCUAGUGAGCUGCAGUUUCUCUUCCCGCUCUUCUGGUGUACCUAACUGAUAAUCUCAAGGAGAAGUGGGAAGGUUUCCGGCUGAGAUUUGCAGGUGAAAGUGGCAGCCACUGCAUGUAAGCUAGCUCGGCUGCUCUUAGUUCAUUUCUGAUUUGCUUUUCUACUGUUGAACUGAAUAACACCACAGUGGAGGGUUUAUUGGGAUGUUUGGGAAAAAUGAAAUAACCAUUUUGUAACUGACGCUGUAUAGUUUCCUUUUACUCUGUCGACAGAAUGUGUAACUAUGGCACACAUUUAAAUAUCUCUGUUAAUCGCCUCUCUGCUUUCUUAGCAAAUAUUUUAAACCUAAAGCUAAAUGUUGAAAUAAAGGAGUAGAGAAUCACUGAGAUGCAAAUGGA